AGAGAGAGAGAGAGAGAGAAGGGAAAAAAAAGCAACAGCGGAGGGAGAGGCGGCGGAGGAGAGCGCGCGCGCGCCCCCUCCCUCCGUCCCUCCCUCCCCCUCCCCCAAUUUCCACCGCGGCCAAUUCAUGGACAGGAACUACCCCAGCGCCGGCUUCGGGGACCCGCUCGGCGCCGGGGCGGGAUGGAGUUACGAGAGGUCAGCGAAAGCUAGCUUGGUCUAUGGCAGCUCCAGGACCUCACACCCCGAGACGGACAUCUUACACCGCCAGGCCUACGCGGCCCCCCACCCACUGCAAAGCUAUGCCACCAACCACCACCCGGCAGGCCUCUCUGGACUCUUCGACACUGGCCUCCAUCAUGCAGGCUCAGCAGGGCCCGACGCCUCCGUCAUGAACCUCAUCUCGGCCCUGGAGUCCCGGGGCCCGCAGCCUGGCCCCUCUGCCUCCUCUCUUCUUUCCCAGUUCCGCAGUCCUUCCUGGCAAACAGCCAUGCACACGCCAGGCCCCACGGAGCUCUUCAUCUCAGGCGCCCUGCCCGGUUCCAGCACGUUUCCAUCCUCCUCCGCCCUUUCGGCUUAUCAGCACCCGGCUUCCUUUGGCAGCCGCCCCUUCCCAGUUCCCUCUUCCCUCACCCUCCAGGAUCCCCCGUUUAGUCCCCCAGCUAAUGGGCUCCUGUCCCCCCAUGACGUGCUGCACCUGAAGCCCUCGCAGGCACCCACGGUGCCCUCCUCGCUAGGUUUUGAGCGCCUGGCGGGGGGUGGUGUCCUGGGGCCCGCUGGUCUCGGCCCAGCCCAAACCCCACCUUACCGCCCUGGUCCCCCAGACCCACCCCCACCUCCCCGCCACCUCCCGACUCAGUUCAACCUGCUGGCUUCCUCUUCCGCUGCUGCCGCCGCCGCAGCCGAACAAUCCUCUCCACAGCUCUACAACUUCUCGGGUGCUGCCCCCGGCCCGCCGCCCCCUGAGCGGGCCCUGCCCCGCCAGGACACCGUCAUCAAGCACUACCAGCGGCCCGCCAGUGCUCCCCCACCCCCAGCCCAUGCCCUCCAGCACUACCUGAGCUGCGGAGGCAGCUACACCUCCAUGGGCCAUCGGGCCAACUUGGCCUGCAGCCCACUGGGCGGUGGGGAACCCUCCCCUGGCGCUGGUGAGCCUAGCAAAGCUGGGCCCAGUGGAGCCACGGCCGGGGCAUCGGGCAGGGCUGCAGGCCCUGAGGCAGCUGGAGGAGGUGGGGCAGGGGGUGGCGGUGGAGGUUACCGCCCCAUCAUUCAGUCGCCUGGUUACAAGACGGGCAAAGGUGGUUACGGGGCAGCUGCGGGCGGUGCCAGUAGGCCCCCACCAGCCCGUUCGACCGCCACGCCCAAAUGCCAGAGCCUAGGUGGGCCAGCAGCAGCCUAUGCCACUGGGAAGGCCUCCGGGGCUGGAGGAGCAGGAGGCCAGGCCUAUUCCCCCGGUCAGCCCCAAGGGCUUCUAGGACCCCAGGCUUAUGGGCAGGGGUUCGGAGGGGGUCAAGCACAGGACUUGAGCAAAGGCCCUAGCUACUCAGGGGGGCCCCAGCAGCCCCCGAGUGGUCCCCCGCCUCCUGGCCUAGCCACGUGUCAGAGCUAUUCCCCAGACCAGCUGCAGGGGCAGCUGUAUGGGGUGCAGGGUGAGCCGUACCCGGGGCCAGCUGCCCACUCCCAGGGUCUGCCCACGGCCAGCCCCUCCCUCAGCUACAGUACUGGCCAUUCCCCAGCACUCUCAGGCCAUGGAGGCGGUUGGGGGCCCAGCUCCCUGGGGGGCGGCGGAGAGGCCAGCCCUUCUCACAUCAUCCGCCCACUGCAGUCGCCACCUGCCCCCGGCCGCCCGCCCGGAGUUGGCUCUCCGGGAGCCCCUGGCAAAUACCUGAGCUCCGUCCUGGCCUCAGCCCCGUUCCUGGCACCCCCAGGGGCCAGCAGCUAUGCAGCUGGAGCAGGUGGCUACAAGGGCAAGGGGGACGGCUCCGAGCUGCUGGCGGGCCCCGGCGGGCCUCCCGCUGAGCGUACGGAGGAUGAAGAAUUUCUCAUUCAGCACCUCCUCCAGGCGCCCAGCCCCCCGCGGACCUCAGGGGCAGAUGGCCUGGUGGGCGAAGAUGGGGCAGCAGAUGCCUCCAAGGGACUUGGGGGGAGUGGUGGGGCUGGGGGUCCCCCAGGCACACCCUACGAGCUGGCCAAGGAAGACCCCCAGAGGUACCAUCUGCAGAGCGUCAUCCGGACCAGCGCCAGCCUUGAUGAGGGUGCCACCGCGGCCCUGGAGCUGGGCCUGGGGCGGCUGAAGGAGAAGAAGAAAGGGCCGGAACGGGGUGGCGAGACCCCUGAGGGGCUGGCCACCUCAGUUGUCCACUACGGGGCAGGUGCCAAGGAGCUGGGGGCCUUCCUCCAAAAGAGCCCUCCGCCCCCACAACCCACGGCCCAGUCGGCCCAGCCUGCCCCCCACGGCCUCCUCCUAGAGGCGGGGGGCCCCGACCUCCCACUGGUGCUGCCGCCCCCUCCUCCCCAGCUGCUCCCCUCGGUCCUCAGCCACGCUCCCAGCCCCUCUUCCAGUGCUCCCAAAGUCGGCGUCCACCUCCUUGAGCCGGCUGCCCGAGAUGGGGCACCCCAGCCGCCCCCGCCACCNAAGCCCCCCGAGCUGCCCUCCACGGUCAACGCUGAGCCCCUGGGCCUGAUCCAGAGUGGGCCGCACCAGGCGGCCCCCCCGCCCCCGCCUCCCCCGCCGCCGCCUCCGCCCCCUGCCUCGGAGCCCAAGGGAGGCCUGACCUCGCCCAUCUUCUGCUCUACCAAGCCAAAGAAGCUGCUCAAGACGUCCUCCUUCCACCUGCUGCGGCGCCGCGACCCACCCUUCCAGACGCCCAAGAAACUGUAUGCCCAGGAGUACGAGUUUGAGGCCGAUGAGGACAAAGCUGACGUGCCCGCUGACAUCCGCCUCAACCCCCGGCGCCUGCCUGACCUGGUGUCCAGCUGCCGCUCCCGCCCGGCGCUCUCCCCACUGGGUGACAUUGACUUCUGUCCACCCAACCCAGGCCCUGACGGCCCCCGGCGCAGAGGUCGCAAACCCACCAAGGCCAAGCGUGAUGGGCCGCCCCGGCCCCGCGGGAGACCCCGGAUUCGCCCACUGGAGGUCCCCACCACCGCUGGGCCAGCGUCAGCCUCCACUCCUAAUGAUGGGGCCAAGAAACCUCGGGGCCGCGGCCGGGGCCGGGGCAGGAAGGCCGAGGAGGCAGGGGGCACUCGGCUGGAGCCCCUGAAACCACUAAAGAUCAAGCUGUCUGUGCCCAAGGCCGGCGAUGGUCUGGGAGCCUCCUCGGGCGAUGCCAUGUCGGGAGCUGACCACAACAGCCUGGACUCCAGCCUCACUCGGGAGAAGAUCGAGGCCAAGAUCAAGGAGGUGGAGGAGAAGCAGCCCGAGAUGAAGUCCGGCUUCAUGGCUUCGUUCCUGGACUUUCUCAAGUCAGGCAAGCGCCAUCCACCACUCUACCAGGCCGGCCUGACACCCCCACUCAGCCCCCCCAAGAGUGUGCCGCCCACCGUGCCGGCCCGGGGCCUGCCUCCCCAGCCCCCCACCGCCCCCACUGUGCCACACCCCCCACCCGCCAGCGCCUUCGGGCUGGGGGGCGCGCUGGAGGCCGCUGAGAGCGAGGGGCUGGGGCUUGGCUGCCCUUCGCCCUGCAAGCGACUGGAUGAGGAGCUGAAGCGGAACCUGGAGACCCUGCCCUCCUUCUCCUCCGACGAGGAAGACUCUGUUGCCAAGAACCGGGACCUCCAGGAGAGCAUCUCCUCGGCCAUCUCCGCUCUCGACGACCCGCCGCUGGCUGGGCCUAAGGACGCCUCCACUCCGGAUGGGCCCCCCUUGGCUGCAGAGGCUGCAGUCCCCGGGCCACCCCCGCUCCCGGGGCUCCCCAGUGCCAGCAGCAGCGGCACACCUGAGCCCCCGCUGCUGGAGGAGAAGCCCCCGCCCUCGCCGCCUCCCGCCCCGACACCACAGCCGCCGCCCGCACCGCCGGUCCUGCCCUCGCCACCCCCACUGGUGGCCCCCGUGCCCAGUCCGGAGGAGCCCGCCGCGCCGUCGCCCGAGGACCCGGAGCCGCCCGACGCCCGGCCCCUGCACCUGGCCAAGAAGCAGGAGACGGCGGCCGUGUGCGGGGAGACGGAUGAGGAGGCAGGCGAGAGCGGCGGGGAGGGCAUCUUCCGGGAGCGCGAUGAGUUCGUCAUCCGCGCCGAGGACAUCCCUUCCCUCAAGCUGGCCUUGCAGACCGGCCGCGAGCCCCCACCCAUCUGGCGAGUCCAGAAGGCGCUGCUGCAGAAAUUCACUCCGGAGAUCAAGGAUGGACAGCGGCAGUUUUGUGCCACCAGUAAUUAUUUGGGGUAUUUCGGGGAUGCCAAAAACCGGUACCAGCGCCUCUAUGUCAAGUUCCUGGAAAACGUCAACAAGAAGGAUUACGUGAGGGUCUGUGCUCGGAAACCUUGGCACCGGCCCCCAGUGCCUGUCAGGCGCUCUGGACAGGCCAAGGGCCCCGUGUCUGCUGGGGGUAGCGCCGCACCGCCCCCCAAGGCCCCAGUACCACCUCCUAAGCCCGAGAACCCUGACAAGACAACGUCCGAGAAGCCCCCCGAGCAGACGACUGAGACGGCCGUGCCUGAGCCCCCUGCCCCCGAGAAGCCGUCGCCACCACGACCCGUCGAGAAGGAGAAGGAGAAAGAGAGGGCAACGCGCGCGGAACGGCCGCUGCGGGGCGAGCGGGGCAUGGGCGGCCGGCAGAUUCGGCCGGAUCGGAACCUCACCACGGGCCAGCCCGCCGCCUCCCGACUGCCCAAGUCCCGACCCACCAAGGUGAAGGCCGAGCCGCCCCCCAAAAAGAGGAAGAAGUGGCUGAAGGAGGCGGCGGGCAGCGCCUCGGCAGGUGGGGGCCCACCGGGCAGCUCCUCGGACUCGGAGUCGUCCCCCGGGGCCCCCAGUGAGGACGAGCGGGCAGUACCUGGGCGUCUGCUGAAGACCCGGGCGAUGCGGGAAAUGUACCGGAGCUAUGUGGAGAUGCUGGUGAGCACGGCACUUGACCCAGACAUGAUUCAGGCCCUGGAGGACACUCAUGACGAGUUGUACCUCCCGCCAAUGCGGAAGAUUGAUGGCCUCCUGAAUGAGCACAAGAAGAAAGUCCUGAAGCGGCUGUCGCUGAGCCCAGCCCUGCAGGACGCCCUGCACACGUACCCCCAGCUGCAAGUGGAGCAAAGUGGGGAGGGCUCCCCCGAGGAGGGGGCCGUGCGGCUGCGGCCAGCCGGGGAACCCUACAACCGCAAGACGCUCAGCAAGCUCAAGAGGAGCGUGGUCCGAGCCCAGGAGUUCAAGGUUGAACUGGACAAAUCGGGAUACUACACGCUCUACCACUCACUCCACCACUAUAAGUACCACACCUUCCUGCGCUGCCGGGACCAGACCCUGGCCAUCGAGGGCGGCGCGGAGGACCUGGGCCAGGAGGAGGUGGUCCAGCAGUGCAUGCGGAAUCAGCCGUGGCUGGAACAGCUCUUUGACUCCUUCAGCGAUCUUCUGGCCCAAGCACAGGCCCAUAGCCGCUGCGGGUGACCCCACCCUGGCCUGGGGGGGGACCACCUCCUCCUUGAACCAAGAAUGGGGACAGAACUGUGCCCUCAGGAGUUAACCCCUGGGCCCCGUCACUGGGGAAGGGGGGGGGUCAUUGGUCAGGGUGUGUCCGUGCUGCCCCCAGAGGGCAGAGUUCGAAGUUCGACUCCCCCCCACCUCCCAAGCCCUCUCUAUUCCCUCCCCUUUCCCCCCACUGUCGGUGUACAGAGAAAUUAUUUAUAUAUAUGUAUAAAUGUCUAUUUAGUAACGGUUUCCCUCCCCCACCUUGCCCCGAUUCCCCCCUCCAUGGCCAUAGCCCCAGCCCCCUCCACCUUGUACAUAAUGUAUAGGAAAAGUCUAUGUAUGGUUGAGGGGGGCGGGGUGGCUUCAGAGAGCUGGGGGACCCCUUUCCCCCUCCCCACAAGCCUUCCCUCACAGGCCAAGAUCUUUGUUAAAGGCCAUUCCCUCCCCAGGGCAUUUGGCGUCGGGUGGGAGGGGGAAAAGCAUCUUGUUAAUUAUUUUUAAUCUUAUUUAUUGUACAUACCUGGGGCGGGGGUCUGGGGAGGUGGAGGGGGGAGAAGGGUCCCCUCCCUUUGCCCCUCCCACUCCUUUUCUACUGCGAUUUGUCUGUGUCUGCCCCCUCCACCCCCAUCCCCUUGUCAUCUGGAUGUGGUUCUAUUUUUUAUCGGUCUCUUCUCCUCCCUCUCUCUAACCCCUCUGCUCCCAUCUCCCCACCACCCUUUGUCUCUUGCUCUUUCUUGGGCUUCUGUACAACUCAACUUGUAUACACUGUGUACACACAACCAGCCAAACGAAAACCCAACGGCAAACACUUUA